AUGCCGUUGCCAGUUCCUCCGCCGCCAUGCGCGGGCGACACGCUGUGCGAGGCGGCGGUGAAGGUGCUGCGCACGGCGGACCCCUGGAAGAAGGCGGAGUACGGCGACCUCGCGGCGCAUCUCUGGGCCACCGGCGCCAUUCGCCACGCUUACGCAGAUCGCGCCACGCGUGGGGACGGGAGCCUUAGCAGCGGGAGCGAGGAAGCCCGAAGCGCCGGGUCACAGGGAGAUGCAGAUGUGGGAGCAGCGGGUAGCGAGGAGGAGCAAUGGCUUAGCGUGCCGGACCGCCCUGCUAGAGACGAUACCGUGAGCACCGCGCACCCCCUCUGGUGCUCUCCUCCUCGCGUUGCCCCCUCGCGUGUUUACCCACCGCUAGUGCCCUCCUGGCCCAUCUGCUGCUUUUUCAACCCUAAGCCCAAAACCUGCUACUGUCCCCAGUUCUCUAACCCGGCGUCGCGCCGUGUGCGUUCGGUUCCCUGGCGGCAGGUGCGCGUGGUGGCGGCGCGCGACAUGCCACGGCGCGGCAAGGGCGGGUCGCAGCAGAGCCGCGUGGCGCUGCUGCACAGCCUGGUGCACAUCGAGAGCUGGGCCGUCGACCUCGCUUGGGUGCGCGCUCGCCCGCUCGCUGUGGGGGGUGGGAGUGGGGUGAAAGAGGGGGGGAGGAAAGGGGAGGGGGUUCGCUACCCUGCCUCGUGUCCACGCGCCAUCAACCCUUACGUGCACCCACUCCCUUUCCAUCCCUUCCCCUCUUCCGCUCUCUUCCCCGCUCUCCCUCCUUCUCGCCCCACCUCGUUCACGCCCCACGCACCCCCCACGCACCCCGCGCACGCCCUCUCGCCCCGCGCACCCCCCACGCGCCCGUGCGUCCGCGUGCAGGACAUCAUAGCACGGUUCGGCAGCGCGCACAGCAUGCCGCGCGCGUUCUUCUCGGACUUCGUGCGCGUGGCGGAGGACGAGGCACGCCACUUCCGCCUGCUCGCGGCUCGCCUGCAGGCGGUGGGGUCGCGGUACGGCGCGCUGCCCGCGCACGACGGGUUGUGGGAGUCCGCCGCCGCCACCGCGGGUGACCUCAAGGCGCGCCUCGCCAUCGAGCACUGCGUGCACGAGGUGGGGGGAAUGAAUGGGGAAGCACGUGGGGGCAGGGGGGGACAGGGGGGGGCAGUGGGGGGAAAGUGGGGGCAGGGGGUUGCAGGGGGGGGGGCGGUGUGGCCAUGGAUAGGGGGUGGUGAGGUGCGGGUGCGUGGGAAGAUGGAGUGGGGUUGGGGUCCCCCUCUCGCAUCCUCCACCACCCACACGGGCUGUGCAUCAGUCAAUCCACGCACCCUCUUACCUCCUUCCCCUACCCGCAACGUACUCCCCUGCCCACCACCCACCCUCCCACCCGCCCACCCCCUCGCCGCUCAUCAUGCCUGGCAGGCGAGGGGCCUGGACGUGGUGCCGCAGACGAUAGAGCGGUUCAGGGCGGGGGGGGACAGCGAGACAGCGCAGCUGCUGGAGCAGGUGGUGUACCCCGAGGAGGUCACUCACUGCGCUGCUGGCCAGCGCUGGUUCUCCUUCCUCUGCCUCCGCGACCUGCGCACGCGCCAGGGGGAGGCGGGGGGAGGAGAAGGUAGGGAGGAAGCAGCAGGUGGGGGCGUAGGUGCAGGGGGGGGUUUACAGGCGGAGGCAUUGGGGGGUGAGGCGGCAACAGGCACUGGAGCAGUGGAUGGUGGUGGGAAUGGGAAUGGGGAGGGGUGCGGUGAGAAGGGCAAGGUAAGGGCUGAAAGAGAAGACGCGGCAGGGAGUGAGGGUGUAGGUGGUGCGGCAGAGCAGGGUAUGGAGGGAGAGGAGGCGAGUGCAGAGGAGCAUGCAGCGAUCGUGGCGGAGUUCCAUGGCAUUGUGCGGCAGCACUUCCGUGGCAAGCUCAAGCCGCCCUUCAACCACGAGGCACGCGCAAAAGCCGGGCUCACUCGCGACUGCGACGACGAAGCGGGGCCCGCGGUUCCCACCCGCACGGCUGCUCCCUUGAAGCGCAAACCCUUCAAGCCAUUGCACCUACUCAACCCCGCUGGCCCCGCGCUGCCGCGACAGCCGCCGCUGCACCCGGCUCCUGGCUCCACCGCGAAUCCCCGCGCGCGAUUCAAUGCACCCGCGCCGGCAGCCGCAGUGACGUGCAACGCGAAACGCGCGCCGGGCGCGGCGGCGGCGGAGGCGGCGGCGGACGAGACGCGGUACUACAGCGUGAUGUACUGCCCGCGCAAGCCGCACGCGAAGCGCAAGGGGCCGUGGUCGGACGGGCUGCUGAGCGUGAAGGGGCGCGCGUGCGCCGUGCAGAACAUGGACGCCAAGAGCGUCGCCAAGGCUUCCGUCAGCGGCUGCGCGCACCUGAAAGAGGGCUCCACGCUCGAGGUGGGCAAGUGGGAGGUGGAGGUGAUGCACGAGGUGCCGCGCGAGCAGUACCUCGCCGGCUCCUUCUUCAUCCCCGCCGCCGCCGCAGCUGCUGCUGCCGCUGCUGUCACAUCCGCCGCUGCCACGGGUCGAGCGGGCAGUGCUGCUGCGGGCAAGGGCAGGAAGCGGGCGGGCGAGAGCAGCAGUGGCAGGGCGGCGGGCAGCAGUGCGGAAGGGGUGCUGGCGAACAAGAGAGCUGCGAGCAUGGAGAGUCGUAUGAGACUUGGCAACGAGGACGCCGUGUGUCUCAACCCCAACCAGCACGGCAAGGGAAUCUCGAAGAUCUACCUUGACCCGUACAUUGGAGCCAGGAUGCGCCCCCACCAGGUGGAGGGAGUGCACUUCAUGCUCGAGGCUGUGCUCGAGGUGCGCACGCCCGGCUGCUCCGGAUGCGUGCUGGCAGAUGAGAUGGGUGAGCUGGCAGAUGAAAUGGGUGAGCUGGCAGAUGAAAUGGGUGAGCUGGCAGAUGAGAUGGGCGAGCUGGCAGAUGAGAUGGGCGAGCUGGCAGAUGAAAUGGGCGAGCUGGCAGAUGAGAUGGGUGAGCUGGCAGAUGAGAUGGGCGAGCUGGCAGAUGAGAUGGGUGAGCUGGCAGAUGAAAUGGGCGAGCUGGCAGAUGAGAUGGAUGAGAUGGGUGAGCUGGCAGAUGAGAUGGGCGAGCUGGCAGAUGAGAUGGGUGAGCUGGCAGAUGAGAUGGGCGAGCUGGCAGAUGAAAUGGGUGAGCUGGCAGAUGAGAUGGGCGAGCUGGCAGAUGACAUGAGCGAGCUGGCAGAUGAGAUGGGUGAGCUGGCAGAUGAGAUGGGCGAGCUGGCAGAUGAAAUGGGUGAGCUGGCAGAUGAGAUGGGUGAGCUGGAAGAUGAAAUGGGUGAGCUGGCAGAUGAGAUGGGCGAGCUGGCAGAUGAAAUGGGUGAGCUGGCAGAUGAGAUGGGCGAGCUGGCAGAUGAAAUGGGUGAGCUGGCAGAUGAGAUGGGCGAGCUGGCAGAUGAAAUGGGCCUUGGCAAAACCCUUCAAGUGAUAGCGCUCAUCUGGACUCUUCUCAAACAGGCACGUGUGCUUCUCUCUCCUCACUGCAUUGGUCGCCCCUUCCUGCGCAAGGCAGUGGUGGUGUGCCCGUCCUCGCUCGUUGACAACUGGGGCGCCGAGUUCCGCAAGUGGCUGGGCACGGAGCGGCUCAAGGCCAUGGUCGUGAACUCCAGCUUCACGCCCACCGAGGUAUGCGGGGCACAUGUGCGUGCGCGCGCGCCAAUGAUGCGCACUCGCGAGCCUUGUGUGUUUUUGGAGCGGGGAGUGGUGAGCAAGGGUAAUGGUGCAGCAACGGAAAGAGGUGGUGGGGAUUGCGGGUCCAGGGAUGGUAGGGUGAGGGGCAAGAUGGCGGACUUCAAGCACGCGGGUGUGUGGCCGGUGCUCAUAACCUCCUACGACCUGCUGCGCCGCCAUGCACCGCUCCUCGCUGCUGCCGCCCCUCAGCUCCUCGUGUGCGACGAGGGCCACCGCCUCAAGAACUGUGCGGGCAACAAAACCAUUUCGGCCCUGCACCAGCUGGGGUGCCCGCGCAAGGUGCUGCUGACGGGCACGCCCAUGCAGAACGAUCUGAGUGAGUUCUUCGCAUUGCUGGAUCUGGUCAACCCGGGCUGCCUGGGCCCCCUGCCUGCCUUCCGCCGCAUCUUCGCCGACCCCAUCCAGAAGAGCCGCGACCGCAGCGCCACGGUGGAGGAGGUGCGGGUGGGGGAGGCGCGCUCACAGGAGCUGCAGGCCAAGGCAGCAGCCUUUGUGCUGCGCCGCACUGCUGCUGUCAAUGCCGCCUACCUGCCACCCAAAUCAGAGUACAUAGUGUUCUGUCGCCUGCACGCACAGCAGGCGCGCCAGUACUCUGACUUCCUGCGCUCCACCGUACGUGCCGUGCCUCGCCCCUUCCAUUCACCACUGCUCGCCACACUCAACAGCUCUGUCUUCCAAUUCGUGUGGCGCAUGGCGACACCACACCCUCUCGCCCCUUUUUUCUACCGCCACCCCUUGCAGCACAUGUACUCUCCGUUUAUGUCCCUUCUCUCCCAGGUGACUGCAUCUCUUCCACCUUCCACACCCCCCGCUCUCCCCCCCCCUUGUGCAUGGCAGCACGUGCGGUCGCUGCUGUACGCGGUGGCGCCCGGCACCACAGCCAGUGCGCUGACGGCCAUCUGCCACCUCAGGAAGCUCUGCCUGCACCCCGCCCUCGCCACCCCCCCCACGCCCGCCUCCCCCCGCCCGCGCUCCCCCUCCCCUGCUGCCUCCGCCUCUGCUGCUGGGGGAGAGGAAGGGGGAGACGAGGAGGAAUGGGCGGGGGACGAGGAGCAAGAGGAGGUGGCAGAGGAGGAGCAGGAGAAUGCAGAGUGGGGAGCAGAGGGAGGGGAGGUGGGGGGAUGUGAGGGAGGGAUGGCAGGAGGGGUUGCAGCAAACGAGGCAGCGCAGAAGCGCAAUAUGUUCAGGCGCCCAUCCAUGCUCCCACAGGCGUCCCCAUCCGCACAGGGCGCGCCCCUGUCGCGCACAGCAGCAGUGGCGGCGUUUGCAGCAGCACUCAAGGCGCUGGGCGCCGAUGCAUGGCGGCUGAGCGGCAAGCUGCACGUGCUGGCGCUGCUGCUGCAAGCCAUACUGAAAGGGGGUGCAGGGGCGGGAGGGGGCGAGGGCAGUGUGCAGUCGAGCAUCACGGAUGGCAGCAGUGAUGGCACGCGGGCGCACCACACUGCUGCUGCUGCUGCUGGCGCUGGCAGUGGGGAUAAAGUGGUGAUCGUGUCAAACUUCACACGGGCACUGGAUGUGAUCGAGCACGCCAUGCAAUGGGUGCACUGCGAGUUGGCGCACACAGUGAUGUGCUCGUCUCUGUGUGCACGCCACGCCCUAGAGCAGCACCCUCAACCUCAACCAUGGCUUCACGCCAUGCUCAGCAAGCAGUGCCAUGCCAUGCAGGGGGAGCACCACGCAGUCACCCGCACCACCCACCCUGCUGCCAUUUACACUCAUCCUUCUACCCCUCCGCUCCAUGCCCGCCGUCCCCAACCCCCCCCACCACACCAGGCCAUGUGUGAGUCGCACGGGUGGAAGACCACUCGCCUGGACGGCAGCACGGAGGCAUCGGCACGGCAGGCGCUGGUGUGUGCGUUCAACACGGGGCGUGACGGCAGCAGCUGCUUCCUGCUGUCAUCCAAGGCGGGCGGGGCGGGGCUGAACCUGGUGGGCGCGAACCGCCUGGUGCUCUUCGACCCCGACUGGAACCCCGCCAACGACCACCAGGUGCGCUCAACCGCUCCCAGGUGCGCGCUCAAGGAGGGGGAGAAAAAGGGUGGGGAGGGUGGGCGAGAGGGAGGGGUGCCAGCGACUCCCAGUUGUGGAAGGGAUGUAGUGUUGGCGGGUGGUGUGAGGCAGUGGGCCAUGGCGCGCGUGUGGAGGGAUGGACAAAGCAAGCCAGUGGUGAUUUACCGCAUGCUCGCCACGGGCAGCAUCGAGGAGAAGAUCUUCCAGCGCCAGCUCAUGAAGGGCGAGGUGACCAGCGCUGUGGGCCAUGGGAGCGCACCGCCGGGCAACAGCACUGGCGCCAGGGGGGGCGGUGGCAGUGGCAGCAACAAGGGUGGGGCGGGGCACUUCACCAAGGAAGAGCUGCGCGAGCUGUUCACCCUGGAGCAGGCCACUGCAUGUGACACGCUGGACCUGCUACUUCGCUCCAACUCCCCUCUUUCCGCCAAAUGGCUUUCUGCUGCCGCCACCAGCUCUGCUGCACCUGCUGCGAGCACCAUUUCUGGCUCCUCUAGCGUCAGUUCUUUCGCUGCCGGGGCAGAUACAGGCGGUGGGAGGGGCGGGUUGGCAGCAGGCAUUGCAGAUGGGCCGUUGAGGGAAGUGGUGGGCAUGUGUGAGGGGGUGACGUUCGUGUACCAUGACUCCACUGCCUCCCCUGCCAGCACACAGACUCCUGUACAAGGUGCUCUUGCUCGUGGUGAUGGCACGGGGCUGGCAGGCCCGGAAGGAGCUCAGCACAACAGGCAAGCAGCAGGAGGAAGCAAAGAGGAAGAGGAAUGUGAGGAGGAGGAGCAUGCAGUGUUGAGAGGAGCUGGUGGUGCUGGUGUGGAGAGACGCAGGAGCACGGAGAGGCGAGCGGAAGAGCAGGGAAGUGAUGGCAGAGGAAGUGGGGCGGCUGUGGAGUUGCUGACCUUCGAUGCACUUGACGGUGUAUCGGAUGACGUCAUGGAGUUGUUUGGCUCCGAUGUCUUCUGA